GAGAACGAACGAACAGGAGGAGAGAGAGAAGAGGAGGAGGAGGAGAAUGGCAGGUUUGGCGAACACUUCCCAGAGGCUCUCGGUGAAAACCUGGACGGAGGAGGAGAGCGAGAGAGCGGACAGCGCCCUCAGCAGGGGGCAGUCCGUGUGCGAUGACACGUCCUCAGAACUACAGAGAAUGGCCGCCAUCGACAGAAGAGACAUCAACUCCCAGAAUUCCCUGCGCGGUCGAGGAGCUCUGUCCAGAAUCGUGGGCAUGGUUCUGACUCUGCGGGACUGGGCUCACAAAGGUUUACACGAGGAGGCGGAGCGACCGGACUCCUUCCUGGAACGCUUCAGGGGCCCCGCCCACCCCGACCUGCAGGCUCCGCCCAGUCGAGUCAGCUACAGCAACACAGGCUCAGACCCCGAGGAGAGGAGGCAGAGGAGGAGAAAGAAAAGAAAGUGCCGUAUAAUUGUCCUGAGUCCAUCAGAUGACCUGUAUUACCACUGGCUCUGUGUGAUCGGGACAGCUGUGUUUUACAACUUCACUUUACUGGUGGUCAGAGCGUGUUUUGAGGAGCUGCAGGCGGAGCACGUCCUGGUCUGGUUGGUGUUGGAUUACGUCUGUGAUGGAAUUUACAUCCUGGACAUCGCGGUGCGCCUCCACACCGGUUUCCUGGACCAGGGUCUGUUGGUGCGUGACUUGUCUCGCCUCAGACAGACUUACGUCCGAACAGUGCAGUGCUGGUUGGACCUGGGCUCUGUGCUGCCCACAGACCUGCUGUACCUGUGGGCGGGGCCGGACUACACCCCUCUGCUCAGGUUCAACCGCCUGCUGCGUUUGACCCGCCUCUCCGAGCUCUUCGAACGCACAGAGACCCGGACCGGGUACCCCAACGCCUUCAGGAUCUGCAAACUGGUGCUCUACAUCCUGGUCAUCAUCCACUGGAACGCGUGUGGGUACUACAGUUUCUCCUUGGUCCUGGGUUUGGGCUCAGACUCUUGGGUUUAUCCAAACGCCUCUGACCCCGAGUUCACGUCUCUGACCCGGAAGUACAUCUACUGCCUGUACUGGUCCACGCUGACGCUCACCACCAUCGGGGAAACACCGCCCCCUGUCAGGGACGAGGAGUACCUGUUCCUCAUAUUCGACUUUCUGGUGGGUCAUGUAUUUGAUUUGUUGCGUUACAGAAUUUCUCAAAGGCCCGUUCAGACCGGUGACAGGUCAGUGCGGACGCGGGUCUAGGCCGUCCUGCGUUUUGGCGGCGCGUCUUCAGGCGUCAGUGCGGUGCGAAUCCAGAAGCUGAAAAUGCUGUAGGACGCGCCGCACCGACCAAUCAGGGACGACGAUAUUACCUAGAAGAAGAAGAAGAAGAAAAAGAAAGGACUAAACCAGGACUAAACCAGGUCUGAACCAGGACUAAACCAGGACUAAACCAGGACUGAACCAGGACUAAACCAGGACUGAACUGGGACUGGACCAGUACUGAACCAGGUCUAAUCUAGGUCUAAACCAGGACUGAACCAGGUCUAAAGCAGGACUAAAGCAGGACUAAAGCAGGCCUAAACCAGGUCUAAUCUAGGUCUAAACCAGGACUGAACCAGGACUCACCAGUACUGAACCAGGACUGAACCAGGACUGAACCAGGUCUAAACCAGGACUAAACAAGGGCUAAACCAGGACUGACCCAGGACUAAACCAGGACUGAACCAGGACUGAACCAGGACUAAACCAGGGACUGAACCAGGACUAAACCAGGGACUGAACCAGGACUAAACCAGGUCUAAUCUAGGUCUAAACCAGGACUGAACCAGGACUGAACCAGGUCUAAACCAGGUCUAAACCAGUACUGAACCAGGCCUAAACCAGGACUGAACCAGGACUGAACCGGGACUAAACCAGGGACUGAACCAGGACU